AAGUAUAUUACGUAAUCAAACUUCUACCUCUACUAUCUACUCCUCACUGUUCCCUUGCCGUUAAGCACCCACUCUCCCAAAUACUACUACCUUUACACUUUACAAUCCUCCCUUUACUUUCUCCCACCUAAUUAUUACGAUUUAACAGUUUAACAUUACAACUUGAGAUUAUUUUACUACAAAUAUUAAGAAACUUAUAUUACUAUAAAGAUCAAAUAGAUCACAUCACUAAAAAAAAAAAAUCACCACCAUAAAAUAAAAAAAUCCAAUAAAAAAAACAGAAACUUCUUCUUCAAUAUUAUAACUUGUCUUACAUCUUCUCUUCUUUUUAUAUUUCACUUACUCAUCUCUCUCAAUAACAACACUGUUGCAUGCUCAAAUACUUGACUCUUGAAGAGAGAGAAAAUUUAAUUCAGAUCUGUUGAUUCUACCAAUCUUCUCGGACUGAGCCGACACUGAGCUAACUCACCGAUUCGUAACUCGCUGGUCAACUACCGAGUCCUAACUCGGAAUGUGCAGCAGCAACUACUAAAGACUCCGGCGAUGCUAGCCGGAACUCCGUUAACGGAGAGAAUAUUCCGGCGAAGCUCCGGCGAGUGAACGUGAAGAGGAAGGAAAGAUGUUUAAGUGGAGAAGUGAGAGAAAUAGGAUUACUGCUGUUUUCAAAUUACAAUUCCACGCUACUCAGGUUUCUGAAUAUGGAGGAAAUGGAUUGGUGAUAUCAGUAGUACCAGCGGAGAAUGGUAAACCAACGGCGAGAUUAGAAAAAUCAUCAGUGAGAGAAAAUUGUUGUUAUUGGGAGAAUCCAAUCUUUGAAACUGUAAAAUGUAUACAAGAUCCUAAAACUGGCAAGAUUCAGGAGAGAAUCUAUUACUUUCUUAUCUCCACUGGAUCACCAAAAGGUAGUUUAGUCGGAGAGUUUUCUGUAAAUAUAGCAGAUUAUGUAACAAUAACGAAGGCUUGUUCGGUUUCUUUUCCAUUUAAGAACUCGAAUUCGGACUCAUACUUGCAUGUUUCAAUUCAAAGGAUACAGGAAAAUAGUAAUUUUAGUAGAGUUCAAAGAGAUCUUGAAGAAAAUGAAGGUGUACGAGUUGAGGACGAUAAGAGUUUGAGGCGACAUUUUAGCAAUGGUGAUGUUCAGCAAGGUGCCAUGCCGAAUUCUGUUGAAGAUCAACCCUUGAGAAAGACUGCUUCACACCCAGUGGGGUUAAAUAAUACACGUAGAGGCUCCAAUGGAUCAGACAUCACGUUGUCGAGUUCUGAUAGCAGCUCAGGACUGAACACUCCACGGGAACUUGGAGUAAGAAAUAGUAAUACCAGUAAAGAUCAGAUCUCAAACAGCUCAGGCUAUCAAGAUCAGCAGAAAACACAGUGGGAUUUGGCGAUUGUCCCUGUCAAUGACUCGAGCACUGAAUAUUCGAUGAAUAGUCCUAGAGAUCUGUUUCCUACUUUGCGAUCUUCAAUGGGUUUGGAUGAUUCUGUUGACAAACUCAAAGCUGACCUUGUUGCUAUAUCUAGGAGGGCAGAGGUGUCUGAGUUAGAGUUGCAUACUCUACGAAAGCAGAUAAUGAAGGAAAGUAAAAGGGGGCAGGAUUUGAUGAGAGAAAUCACAAGUCUGAAAGAGGAGAGAAAUGCACUCAAGGAUGAAUGUGAAAAGCUUAAAGCUUCUCGUAGACGCUCUGAUGAUCAAAGAGCUAGAAGCAAAUUCCAGUUUGAGGGGGAUCCGUGGACUCUUAUCGAAGUAAUCAGAGAAGAGUUGGACUACGAGAAGGAAAUGAAUGCCAAUCUUCGGUUACAGCUGUCAAAGACGCAAGAUUCAAAUGAAGAAUUGAUUCUUGCUGUGCAAGAUAUGGAGGAGAUUUUGGAGAAGAAUGGUAAAGGAGUUUCCCAUCUCCCAAACAGGUCAAUAUCUGGAGAAAGUGCUGUAGAGAUAGAGGAAAGUAUCCUAAAGAGCCAGAGUGAUGACGAUGAAGAACAAAAGGCUUUGGAAGCCCUUGUGAGGCAGCAUAGUGAUGCACAGGAGACAUAUAUGCUUGAACAGAAGAUCAUGGAUCUAUGUAGUGAAAUCGAAAUGUAUAGGCGAGAUAAAGAUGAAUUAGAGAUGCAGAUGGAGCAGCUUGCCCUAGAUUAUGAAAUAUUGAAGCAAGAGAACCAUGAAUUCUCUAGUAGACUGGAACAAAGUCAUCUCCAAGAUCAGCUAAAGAUGCAAUGUGAUGGCUCUAGUUCUUAUGCUGUCAUGAGAGAAUAUGAAGCCGAGAGACUGAAGCUGGAAAACGAACUCAAUGAAAAAGCUGAAGAACUAUCACAUUCUUUAGCAGCAAUACGGGAUCUUGAAGCUCGUAGUACAAUCCUUGAAGACGAGCUGCAGAAGCAGGCAGAAGAAUUUGAUGCUGAGAUAAAAGCCGUUUCAAGUGCCAAAUUGGAACAGCAGCAGAGAGCUGCCCUAGCAGAAGCAGCUCUUGGUGAGUCUGGUGCUCUCAUAAAUGAACUCGAAACAUUGAUAAAGGAGUUCAAGGUUGAACGUGAGAAGCAUAUAGCAGAGUUGUCAAGCUCUUCGCAUGCCAUAAAGGAGCUUGAAACUCAUAGCGACAAUCUGGAGGAAGAACUAGAGACACAAGCACAAAAGUUUGAAGCUGAUAUGGAAGCUCUAGCUCAUGCGAAAACAGAACAGGAGCAAAGAGCUUUAAGGGCUGAAGAAGCUGUUGCCCAUUCUAAUACUACCAUAAAUGAGCUUCAAAACCAUGUCAAGAAUCUGGAGACCAAACUCAAAGUGCAUUCAGAAGAGUCUUCCGGUUAUUUGGCUGCAAUGAGGGAACUUGAAGCCCAAAUACAAAAUCUCGAAGAAGAGAUAGAGAAACAGGCAGAAGGGUUUGUAGCUGACCUGGAUACUGUUACACGUGCGAAAGUGGAGCAAGAGCAGCGAGCAAUUCGAGCAGAAGAAGCCCUAAGAUUGAUGAGAUGGAAAAAUGCUAAUACAGCUUCAAGAAUUCAGGACGAAUUCAAAAGACUCUCCUCACAAAUGCAGUCAUCAUUUGAAGCCAACGAGAAGCUUGCAAGCAAAGCGUUGACUGAAGCUAGUGAACUGCGACUGCAGAAUCGUCAUCUUCAGGAUAUGCUUCAGAAGGCUCAUGAGGAUCUUCAGUAUGCUAAAGAUGAAUAUGAAACAAAACUGCAUGAUUUAGACCGUCAAAUCGACAUGAAAUCCACUCGUAUAGAGCAAAUCGAGGUGGAAAUUCAAGAGAAGUCCAUGCAGGUAGAAACCCAGACAAAGCUAACUGAUAAACUUCAGAGAAGUGUUGCAGCUCAACAAUUGGAUCACAGAUCAGAGAUAGAGAGACUUACCUCUGAAAACAAGUCGCUGGCUGAACAGAUAAAAACACUGACCAAAGAAAAAGAUAUGCUUGUUCAAAGAGAAAAUACAGAAAACAGAAAUUCAGUGAAGGAGAUAGCAGGAAAGUCGUUCGAGGAAUUGAUCGUGCUGAGAAAUCUCAAGGAUGAGAAGGAACAGGCGGUUACAAGUCUGACAUCUGAAGUGGAAGAACUAAGAGCUCAGUGUGACAACUUGAAGAAUUCCAUAUUUGAAGAUGAGUUAGAGAAGGAGAAACUAAGGAAACAGGUGUUCCAACUUAAAGCUGAUUUAAAGAAAAAGGAUGAAGCGAUUUCGAGCAUUGAGAAGAAGUUCAAAGAGAGUAAUGGACGAGCCAUAGUUCAAGAUAAAACGAAAGCUACUUCUAAAAGUACAAAAUCUGAACGUAAUCUAAAGGAGAUUGGUUCUAAAGAAGUAGCCGCAUUAAAGGAGAGAGUAAAAUUACUUGAGGAGCAAAUUAAGUCGAAGGAAGCUGCCUUAGAGACCUCUACAAUUGCUUUCCUGGGGAAGGAGAAGGAUCUUCAUGGUAAGAUCGGGGAACUCGAAACUAAAUUGAGAGAAAAUCAGAGUAAUCCAGCCGUUGGUCAUGAUGAAUUAAAACAGGAAAAGGUUUCUGUUGGGACACAAGUAUUCUGUCAUAUGCCUGAAGAAGCAAGUGUUACAGAUGAAAACUCCAACAAUGUGGAGUCCAACAGCAACUGUCAAGUUGAAUCCGAUAGCCAACCAAAGCCUUUAGAUAAUGAUUCGGGAGACCAGCAGAAGAUUGAUGUUUUGUUAAAAGAGAUGGUUUUGUUAAAGGAACGAAACAGUUCCAUGGAAAUUGAUUUAUAUGAAAUGCAGGAGAGAUACUCGGAGAUAAGUUUGAAAUUCGCUGAGGUAGAAGGCGAAAGGCAGCAGCUUAUGAUGAAGGUGCGCAACCUUAAAAAUGCAAAGAAGAGUUGAGAAUAAGAAUUCUUCUUAAACUCCCGGAGUUUUUGGUAACAACAUUGGUACAAAGCAUAAUAGAGGUUUCCCACACAGUGAAAAUGAAAACUAAAAAAAGGUUGUAUUAUUGACCUUAUUCUGGUGAAUAAGAUCAUAUGUAAAUUUGCUACAUUCUUUUUCUUCUUUUUGUUUGAUUCUCCCCCUUGGUCUUCAAAAAUCUAAAGUGUAUGUUAAAUAUUGGAGUUUUAGAGGCUAUACUGUACCACAUAAUUGCUUGAAUAGACUUGUUGAUUUUUGUUUUUUCA